AUGAGCAGCAAGGAGCUCACGAUGGGGCAGUCCAGCCAGUACGUGGGCCCCUACCGGUUGGAGAAGACCCUAGGAAAGGGCCAAACCGGGCUGGUCAAACUAGGAGUCCACUGCAUAACUGGACAGAAGGUGGCCAUAAAGAUUGUCAACAGAGAAAAGCUGUCAGAAUCGGUGCUGAUGAAGGUGGAGAGAGAAAUAGCUAUUCUUAAACUUAUAGAGCACCCUCACGUCCUCAAGCUGCAUGAUGUGUAUGAAAAUAACAAAUAUCUGUACUUGGUGCUGGAGCAUGUGUCUGGGGGAGAGUUAUUUGACUACCUAGUGAAAAAGGGAAGACUGACCCCUAAAGAGGCCAGAAAAUUCUUCAGACAAAUCAUUUCGGCCCUUGAUUUCUGCCACAGUCAUUCCAUAUGCCACAGAGACCUGAAGCCAGAGAACCUCCUCCUCGAUGAGAAGAACAACAUUAGGAUAGCGGACUUCGGGAUGGCCUCGUUACAAGUGGGCGACAGUUUGCUAGAAACCAGCUGUGGAUCCCCACAUUACGCCUGUCCAGAAGUCAUACGGGGAGAGAAGUAUGACGGCCGCCGCGCUGACGUCUGGAGCUGUGGCGUCAUUCUUUUCGCUCUUCUCGUGGGUGCCUUGCCAUUUGACCACGACAACCUGCGGCAGCUUCUGGAGAAGGUGAAGAGCGGGGUGUUCCACAUGCCGCACUUCAUACCUCCGGACUGCCAGUCUCUGCUCAAAGGAAUGAUUGAAGUCAACCCCGACAAGAGGCUCACGCUUGAAUCGAUACAGAAGCAUGCCUGGUACAUGAGUGGGCGACACGAGCCAUGUCCGGAGCAGCCUGCCCCAAGGCGCGUGUGCGUGAAGAGGGUGGUGUCGGCCAGUGACCUGGACCCGGACGUCCUGGAGAGCAUGUACUCGUUGGGCUGCUUCAGGGACCAGGCCAAGCUCAAGCAGGACCUCACGAGUGAAGAAGAAAACCAAGAGAAAAUGAUAUACUACCUCCUACUGGACAGAAAAGAACGCUACCCUAGCUAUGAGGAUGAGGAUCUUCCUCCAAGGAAUGACCAGGAUCCGCCCAGGAAGCGUGUGGAUUCACCCAUGUUGACGCGGAUCGGACGCUUUCGCCCCGAGAGGAAGAGUUUGGAAGUGCUCAGUGUGACUGAACAGUCGCCCACCCCCCCUCGCAGAGCUCUGGACACCAACGCACACAGCCAGAGAUCUCGUUCUGUGAGUGGAGCAUCCACAGGGCUGUCGUCCAGUCCCCUCAGCAGCCCAAGAAGUCCAGUCUUCACUUUCAGCCAGUCAGAAGUCCAUUCUGCUUCCACCACCACCAAAGAACCUAAACCAUCAUGCGCCACCACCCCCAGGCCCACCGCUCGACCAUCUCCAGACCCCAAAACUCAGACCCUCCCAUCCAAGGGCCCCACAGAGCGGCCCCAGCUCAACUCCAUGAAGUCUCUCCCCUUGGACAAUUCCCCGUCUCCCUCUCCAUCCCCCAUCAUGUCUACCACUACACGUGUCUUUAACUUCCCUUCUCCAUCCGUCUUCAAGUCUAAGAACUCCCCGUCUAACUCCUGUGCCACGCCUUCCCCCGUGUCCCAGGUGACGCCGCAGGGCUCUCCUCUGCCCACCCCCCUGGGCACGCCUGUCCACCAGCUGCAGCCCAGUACCCCUUCCUCCUCAUCCUCCUCUUCCUCGUCCAGGGUGGAUGGAGGGGGUGGAGCCACCUUGACUCUGACCCCGCCCUCCAGCCCUGGGGGAAGCAUGGGUGCCUCAGGCUCUGCCCACUGGAGGACAAGACUCAACUCCUUCAAGAACAAUCUGCUGGGCUCUCCACGCUUCCAUCGGCGCAAACUGCAAGUUCCUACGUCUGAGGACAUGUCCAGCCUGACCCCAGAGUCCAGCCCGGAAUUGGCCAAAAAGUCCUGGUUUGGCAACUUCAUCAGUCUGGAAAAAGAGGAGCAGAUCUUUGUGUUGAUCCAGGACAAGCCCCUGAGCUCCAUCAAAGCAGACAUCAUCCACGCCUUCCUCUCGAUCCAGUCCCUGAGCCACAGCGUCGUGUCCCAGAACAGCUUCAGGGCGGAGUACAAGUCCUCCGGAGGGCCCUCUGUCUUCCAGAAACCUGUCAAGUUUCAAGUGGACAUCGCGUACUCAGAGGGAGACAGAGAGAGAGAGAGGGACCGUGCCGAGAGAGAGGGCAGGAGAGAGAUUGGUAUCUACAGUGUCACCUUCACCUUAAUAGCAGGUCCCAGUCGCCGAUUCAAGAGAGUGGUGGAAAGUAUCCAGGCUCAGCUUCUCAGCUCUCACGACCAGCCGUCUGUGCAGGCCUUAUCUGAAGACGAGAAGAAUGGUCAGCUCUGCCGUCAGCCCAGCACCCCUCUUAAAACAUCACCUCCAAAAGAUUUGGAGAUGGCGGAGGCUCACCAGGCCGUGGCGUUCCAGUUUACCAUCACCCCUGAAGGCAUCGACCUGCAGUUGUCCUACCAGGCUCUGAACCAGAUCUACCGCUCCGGAGUCCGCUCCUGGAAGAAGAGAGUGAGCCGCAUGAGGAAUCUAGUGAUAAAAGGUGUUUAUCCGGCUAGCCCCUCCUCUUGGCUCUUUGUCGUCAUAGCGAUCCUGGCCACCAUGUACAUGCGCUCUGAUCCCAGCAUGGGCCUCAUCGCCAAAAUACAACAGCACCUGCCUUUAAGCCUGGUGUCACUCGGGGCCCAGGGUCAGACCAUGCUGUCAGCUUUGGUCUUCAGCACUCUGCUGUGGCUCUCUCUGAUCCUCGCGCUGCGCUUCUGUCUCAAGCUGCUGCUGUCGUAUCACCGCUGGAUGUUCGAGCUGCACGGCCGAGUGUCCAACACCACCAAAGUCUGGGUGACUCUGCUGCGGUUACUAUCUAGCCGGAAGCCUCUGUUGUACAGUUAUCAGACCUCACUGCCUCAUCUGCCGGUUCCACCCAUUCAAGACACUCUGAGUCGAUAUCUGUUGUCAGUGCGCCCUCUGCUGACUGAUCCGGAGUACAAGCGUAUGACUGAACUGGCCAAGGAUUUUGAAAUCAACCUGGGGAAUCGUCUUCAGCGCUAUCUCAAGCUCAAAGCCUUGUGGGCCAUCAAUUAUGUGAGCGACUGGUGGGAAGAAUACAUUUACCUCCGGAGCCGAAGUCCUAUAAUGGUCAACAGUAACUACUACGGCAUGGAUUUCCUGUAUGUGACGCCGACCUCAGUGCAGGCCGCCAGAGCAGGAAACACCAUCACUGCUCUGCUCCUUUACAGACGCAAGGUCAACCGCGAGGAGCUCAAACCGAGUCGUGUCCCAGGAACGGUCAUCCCUCUGUGUGCAGCUCAGUAUGAAAGGAUGUUCAACACCACACGGACCCCAGGACUGGAGACGGAUGUGCUGCAACAUUGGCAGGACAGCGAGUAUGUGGCCGUGUACCAUAAGGGACGCUUCUUCCGUUUAUGGGUGUACAGCGCAGGACGACUGCUCACCCCCCGAGAGAUUGAGCAACAGAUGCAGAGGAUUCUGGACGAUGACUGUCCUUCUCUGCCGGGGGAGGCUAAACUGGGCGCCCUCACUGCUGGAGACAGAGUUCCCUGGCAUCAGAUGAGAAAGCAGUACUUCAGUUCUGGAAUUAACAGACGCUCGCUUGACAUCAUUGAAAAAGCUGCGUUCUUCGUCACUUUGGAUACUGAGGAGCAAGGCAUGAGAGGAGACGACCCGGCGGGGAACCUGGACCGCUACGCCAAAUCACUGCUGCAUGGGAAAUGUUAUGACAGGUGGUUUGAUAAAUCCUUCUCCAUUGUUGUCUACAAGAACGGAAAGAACGGUCUGAACGCUGAGCACUCCUGGGCCGACGCACCCACAGUGGCUCACCUUUGGGAGUUCACUUUGGCCACAGAUGCCUUCCAGUUGGGCUACACGCAAGACGGACACUGUAAGGGAGAGGUGGACCGUACCCUGCCCCCUCCGCAGAGGCUCCUGUGGGACAUUCCAGAGGAGGUCCAGACACAGAUUGGCAAGUCUCUCGCUGUGGCCCAAACCCUGGCGGAUGACGUGGACUGUCAUGUGUUUCCCUUCAGACAAUUUGGCAAAGGUCGAAUAAAGAAACUGCGCAUCAGCCCAGACGCCUUCAUCCAGAUCAGCCUGCAGCUCGCAUACUUCAGGGACCGCGGCGGUUUCUGCUUGACGUAUGAAGCCUCCAUGACUCGUCUGUUCAGAGAGGGCCGCACUGAGACCGUCCGCUCCUGCUCCAACGAGACCUGUGCCUUUGUCAAAGCCCUGGAGGAAGGAGAGGCAGAAGAGCAGUGCAGACGGCUGCUCAGGCAGGCGUCGGAGGGGCACCAGAAUCUUUACCGUAUGGCCAUGACGGGAGCAGGCAUCGACAGGCACCUCUUCUGUCUCUAUGUGGUCUCAAAAUACCUGGGAGUGGAUUCGCCAUUCCUCAAAGAAGUUUUAUCAGAGCCCUGGCGCCUGUCCACGAGCCAGACCCCCAUUCAACAGAUUGAACUCUUUGACAUCAAGAACCACCCUGACUACAUUUCCCUUGGAGGCGGAUUUGGACCUGUCGCCGAUGAUGGAUACGGAGUGUCAUACAUUAUUGUCGGAGAAGACAUGAUCAACUUUCAUGUUUCGUCAAAGCACUCCUGCAAAGAGACAGACUCACACAGGUUUGGCGCUCAGAUUCACAAGGCGCUAGAGGACAUCAUCACGCUCAUGUCGGGGGAGACAAAGUCCAGCGGUGCGUCCAGGGGAUCGUCUCAGCCCAAGAAGCAGCUCUGA